AUGGAAAACUCCCCGGAGCUUUUUGGAACGGUAAUUAUGCUCUACAUCAGCUGCAGCGUUAAUGGCAUCCCCGUCAAAGCGUUCGUCGAUUCUGGCGCGCAGAUGACGAUUAUGAGCCAAGCCUGUGCGGAGAGAUGCAACUGCAUGCGUCUCCUGGACACGCGAUUCUCAGGCAUGGCCGUUGGAGUCGGAAAACAGCGAAUUCUUGGGCGAGUUCACACUGGACAGAUUCAAAUUGGCGACACUUUCAUUCCUUCUAGCUUUUCAGUGAUGGAGGAUCAACCGAUGGAUCUGCUGAUAGGAUUAGACAUGCUCAAAAGACAUCAAUGCGUUAUUGAUUUGGCGGCGAAUGAGUUGCGCAUUGGCUCGACUGGCACUACAGUAAAAUUCUUGUCCGAAGGCGAGUUGGAUUCCAGAGCGCGGUUAGCCGGCCCAGCUGCGGAGCAAGCACAAAGCGAGGAAAUGGAAAUCGAAAAAGCCCUGGCAGCUUCGAAACGCGAAGCAGAAGAAGAACGCGCUGGUCCAUCCUCGAAACGGGCCGACACAGGAAGCAGCGUCUCCAAAGAAGUCCAACAAGUGAUGAGCACAGCAAAUUGCUCCCAAGAUGUCGCAGAAAGAGCCCUUCGAGAGACAGGAGGAAACUUGGACAGCGCAGUACUGAAAAUUCUGACAACGAGCUUUUCCAAGAAAAAAUGA